AUGGCAUUCCACGAUACCAGCAAGACCCUUGCGGAGCCCGAAGAGGGCAUUCACCAGACCCAGAUCACCCUCACCAGUGUGAAAUCACUCGAGAAAGUGUGUGCUGACCUAAUUAGAGGAGCCAAAGAAAAGAACUUGAAAAUGAGAAUCCACAAACGCCUUACUGAUUUGCACAAUCCUUCUGAAAUUGUUAAACAGAUCAGUUCUAUCAGCAUUGAACCAGGUGUAGAAGUUGAAGUCACCAUUGCAGAUGCCUAA